AUGGCAGGAGCCAGAGUUUUUCAUGAUGAGUUCAUGUGUUCAGUGUGUCUGAAUCUCCUGAAGGAUCCUGUGACCAUCCAGUGUGGACACAGUUACUGUAAGAGCUGUAUUACAGGGUUCUGGGAUCAGGAGGAUCAGACGAGAGUCUACAGCUGCCCUCAGUGCAGACAGACCUUCAGUUCAAGACCUGCUUUAGCUAGAAACACCAUGCUGGCUGAAGUGGUGGAGAAACUGAAGAAAACCAAACUCUCUGCUGACUGUGACGCUGGAGCUGGAGAUGUGCAGUGUGACGUCUGUACUGGAAGAAAAUACAAAGCCGUCAAGUCCUGUCUGGUGUGUCUGAACUCUUACUGUCAGAGUCAUCUCGAACAACAUGAGAGUUUAUUUAAAGGAAAGAGACACAAAGUGACUGAAGCCACUGGACGACUGCAGGAGAUGAUCUGCCAGAAACAUGAGAAGCUCCUUGAGGUUUUCUGUCGCACUGACCAGAAAUGUAUAUGUGUGCUGUGUACGAUUAUUGAACAUAAAAACCAUGACAUUGUACUAGCUGCAGACCAGAGGACAGAGAAACAGAAGCAGCUGAAGGAGACGCAGAAGACGCUCCAGCAGAGAAUCCAGCAGAGAGAGAAAGAUCUCCAGCAGCUGAGAGAGGCUGUGGAGUCUCAUAAGCGCUCUGCACAGACAGCAGUGGAGGACAGUGAGAGGAUCUUUACUGAGCUCAUCCGCUCCAUUGAGAGAAGCCGCUCUGAGCUGAUACGGCUGAUCAGAGAUCAGGAAAAGCAAGCAGUGAGUCGAGCUGAAGGACGACUGGAGCGACUGGAGCAGGAGAUCAAUGAUCUGAGGAGGAGAGACGCUGAGCUGGAGCAGCUUUCACACACACAGGAUCACAUCCAGUUCCUGCAGAGUUUCCAGUCUCUCUCAGCUCCUCCUGAAUCUACAGACGUAAAUGAUGAUCUCUUCAGUUCUCUCGUCUCUUUUGAUGAUCUGAGAGAAUCUGUCCAUCAGCUGAGAGACAAACUGGAGGAUUUCUGCAAAGAGGAGCUCAAGAAGAUCUCAGACAGAGAAACAUUCACCAACAUUGUUCCCAGGACCAGGAACCACUUCCUACAAUAUUCCCAUCAGUUCACUCUGGAUCUGAACACAGCACAUAAACUCCUCUGUCUGUCUGAGAGAAAGAGUGAUUAAUUACACUAAAACAGUCCAGUCGUAUCCUGAUCAUCCAGACAGAUUUGAUGUGUAUCGUCAGGUGUUGUGUAGAGAGAGUGUGUGUGGACGCUGUUACUGGGAGCUGGAGUGGAGUGAAGGUGAAGUGUGUAUAUCAGUGUCAUAUAAGAGCAUCAGCAGGAAGGGACGGGGUUAUGAGUGUGUGUUUGGAUGUAAUGAUCAGUCCUGGUGUUUGGACUGCACUCC